CGACGAACACGCACGUUAGAAGAUUUUACCAAGGAAGACUCGUUUGAACUAUAUGGCGUAUUAACGUGUACAUAGGGUUCUCCGAUCCGACAGCGAUUGCAAAAAAAAAAUGCAAACAAUACGUACGAUAACAACAACAGUGGAUUGCUUGAAUGAAUCCACGUGAUCGGAAAUCAUAUGAUCGAAAAUCACGUGAUCCAAUGUCGUACGAGGCUUCGCGAUUGAAGAAAACAAAAGAGAAGGAAGAGAAUGAAUGAAAGAGAGAAAGAGAGCUGCUUUCGUAAUAGAUAAUAAGGCUUCCAUUAAUCCAAUAAGGUAAAAGUUUUUGGACAAAAAUAAGUAAGUACGUAUAUAAAAGGAAGAUCGUAGUAAACGACUCGUCGUCGUCGUCGUCUUUUCGCGUGUGACGAAUCUACACGAAAGGUGCUUUGAUAUAUCUCGAAUUAAAACCAUAUUGAUGUUCCUACGGAAGGUUAUAUCUAGAAAAUCGACGUUACUUAAGAUUAUAUAGGAAGGAUAUUUCCGUGUCGCAUGAGAUUUAUCGUUGGACUCGAUGUAGUCGCCUUUUUCGAACGAAUUUCGAUCAAAUACCGCAAUCGUAUCGACGACAACAAAAUUGGUAAACCAGUUUGACUGGAGAGUUUUCAAAAGAUGAAACAGUAUUUGACCUAGAUUCGUUUAUAAACCUAAUAAUCGUUGCCAAGUACAUAAAGGAAAUAUUUCUCAAUCGACCUUUCUCAAACGAUUUUGCCAAUUUGCCUUCUCGUCCUCGAUGACAUCGUCCAUUCACGUAGGAACGAUUACGAGCAUUGUUUUUAAUAUGUAAACGUGUGUACCACGUACGCGUGCGUUGUUGACAAAACAAACGUAAAAUAUACGUAAAUAUAAGGAACGAUAUUGCUCUGAAACUUUCCUACGUAACAACUGCCCUAAUUAUAUCAUUUUUUAUCUUCUUAAACGUCGUUUGAGAAAUGCCGAUAAAAAAGAAUACGAUAUUUACGGGCCAACGAAGAAUUAAUUAAAUACGAUUGAUCGGAAAGCUAAGCAAAUAGAUGAUUAAACGACCCACCGAGAAUAAUGCGUUCACGCAGGUACAUUCCACUAUUAUAGUUUAAUCGAUAAAGUGGUUUGGAGAAAGUGAAAUUGCAAAUGGGAAAAGAAAGAGAUGGAUGGAUGGAUGGAUAUCGUAACGUUAACAUUCGUACGAUCUAUCGAAAAAUUCAUCGCACGAUUUCGCGAGAAGAAUCACUUUCUUACGUCGUUAAUACGAAAUGACCGAGAUUAUGUGUAUUAUGGCAUAUCGAUCGUAGAAAAACGUGUCUGCCUGUUAUAUCGAGUAUUAUAUAAAUGUUCAUGCUAUAUUCUUGUUAUUAUAUAGAUCACUAUAACAUAUUUCUAAAAUAGGAUGAACAAAAAAAAACCACAGUCGAUGUCCGAUGCUAUACGCUUAUAACGUUAUUUAUUAUACAAGCUGUGUAUAGAGAAGUUAGGAAUGAUACAUUUCAUAUAUUUUGCGUUAGCAGCAUACGCGGUAGCAUGUAAAAAAUGAUAUUUUUGUGCUAAUUAAUCGUUUCAUUCUCACUGUGUGUAUGUGCGUGCGCGUGCGUGUGCGUGUGCGUGUGCGUGUGCGUGUGCUUGCGUGCAUGUGUAUUUGCUCGAAAAAUAACGUCAAAGUUAAAAUCAUUUUUGAAUGUACCUGCUGCGACUGUUGGUCGCGUACUGCUUCUUAUAUUUGAGAAACGUAUAUUUAUCAAAUGUUUUGAUCUUCUAUGUGAUCCGUCUAAAGUACUUACUCAAAGUGCAAGCCUCCAAUCAAAUCGAGUAUGUAUUUCAUUUUCGAUACCGUCUUGAUAAAUGUAAUUUAUAAAUAUAGGUUGAUAAUUGAUUAACUUUUUUUUAUUUGAAUUUUUUUAAUUAGCCUUUAUUACGUUUGUACGUUCGAGACUGCGCCAUACCAAAAUUAAUUCGCUAGGUUUUGCUACGAGCUUUCCAACGCGAACCUUUUACACGAUCAUAUUUUGAAGGUUAUGAUUCUUUAUGGGAAAAAAGUACGCGUAAAAAAGAAAAAGAUAUAAAAACAAAAAAAAAACACCAUUCCUCCCGACUAUGCCAAUACAAUUGUGUAUAUCGUGUAUCGUGUUAAUUGUUUGUAGACGAGUAAGUAAUUUAAUGCUGGAGUGAUUCCACUGGUCGUCCAAUCCGUCUAAUAAGAUUUUUCUAAAGAGAAGUUUGGAUCCCGCCAAAAAAGAUAUUUGACGCGAGAAUGAAUUUCUUCGAAAGAAACUUUUCCGAAGAGACUCUUUGUGAUCUUUAUGUUUACGUUGUACAAAAUCGAUUCCGAUCAAUUCUUUGUUAGAAAUAUCGUCUCUGUACGGUCUGUACGGUCGAUUUGCCAAUUUCAAAAUAUAUCUUUUCGAAAUAUCUAUUUAGAUUUAUAUUUCUUGCGUUAACGAAUCGAUGUGUUGUACUUUUAUAAAUAUUUAAUAUGGACGUACUUAUAUUUUGUACUUACAGUACCUUGUGAGAUUAUUAUAUUUAAUAAUGAUUGAAAACACCUACAUAUAUAGAAAUGUAUAAGAUCAUGAUAUAAUCUAUAGGAAAUUGUUUUUCGUUGUAAUCGUUGAGAGAUCAUCGUCAUAGAGAUCGACGAUUAAAGCGAGAAACGAUUGAAUCAAUAUGUACAGAUAGCUCCGAUUAAUAUUUGAUUAUUUAUUGUUAUUUGUUCUAUAAAUACUUUUAUUAUACGUAUCUUCGAGAUAUAACAAAAAUGAACGAUAUAGAAAAAAAGAUUAUUCGCAGCGCGUUAUGUAUUGUAUUGAAAAAUUACAAAAUAAUUAAUAUAAUUUAUAAAAUGUAAUUACAUUGUUAGUCGGAAACUGUAUGUAUAUCAGUGUUAUAAUAUGCGUUAUUCGAACGAUGUUGUAGACUGCAGGAACCUGUUACCAACUGGCUUAUAGCCAAGUACAAACUUGUAAUUAUUUGUUUUAUGUAUUAAAAUGAAUAAAGUUACCGUUCUGUAACAAAUAUUUACAUACAUGUAUACGUAUCAAAAUUAUUUAGUUUCAUUAUUAUUUUACAAGAUGUUAAGUUUUUGUGUAGUGGCACUCCUGAUCGCGUCAGGGUUAUAUCCACUUGGUUAAAGUUGGUUAAGGUACGUUAUUUUUGUAAGCGUAGAUUUUCGAGUUGAAGUAAUUAAAAAUGAGUAAAGCGCAUCCUCCAGAACUCAAAAAGUAUAUGGACAAACGUCUUUCACUAAAAUUAAACGGUGGAAGGCACGUAAUUGGUAUUUUACGUGGUUUUGAUCCAUUUAUGAAUAUGGUAAUCGAUGAGAGCGUGGAAGAAUGUAAAGAUGGUACAAAAAACAAUAUUGGUAUGGUGGUGAUUCGAGGAAAUAGCGUUAUUAUGUUAGAGGCGUUAGAUAGAAUAUGAGUUAAUAAAUAUGUAACUGUACAUUUAGGUGAUGCAAAGUUCCAAAUAAGAUCAACUAUGGUUUAUUAAAUACACGUCUGUCCAACAU